AUGUAUCUUUUUCUUCUUGAUAGUGCAAUUGGUGCUUUCUUGAAGAGUAAAGGUUCCAUUGAAGAACUGCUGCAAGGAAAGCCUUUGGAUUUAUCUUUUCAAGGAAUUGAUCACUUUAGAAAUCAAGUUGGAUUUGUGAAGUUGACAGAGAACGAAAGCACAGCCACACUUUUGAAGAUAGCAGAGAGUGUGAAGAACAUAUUUCUGGAUAAGGGCAUCUGCAUAGAGGAUGAGAGAGCUUUUAAGCCUCAUUUGACCUUCAUGAAGUUGUCAAAAUCCCCAGAGCUACGAAAACAGGGAGUGAAAAAAAUCGACCCAAGUUUGUUUGAGAACUUCAAGAACCAUUAUUUUGGAGAUGAAUCCAUGAUACGUCUAGAUCUUUGCUCCAUGUUUAAAAAAAAGCAAUCUAAUGGCUACUAUCACUGUGAGUCCUCUAUCACAAUAGCACUGAGGAAAACCACAUGGGCUUCUGGGAAGGAGAAACAGCCCCUGCAUGUGGAACAUAGCAUCCAUCCUUGCGUCACCCAUAACCACGAUCUGCAAAUUGUUGCUCCAGGUGAGAAAAGAGGGGCAGAGCCAGAUGAUGCAGAAUUGCUGAGCCUCAGCAAAAGACUGGUGGAGAAUGCAGUUCUCAAGGCUGUGCAGCAGUAUCUCGAAGAAACGCAAAACAAAAACAGACAGAUUGAUUGUGGAACCGCAGUGAAGAAUGAGGAGCCAGCCCUUGGCAAUAACAUCGAAAAUGAGAAUGACAAUAGCAAAUGAAGGCAAAGGAGGAUUGAUUUUAUCACCAUAUCUGUGACUGCUCCCUGGGUCAGCUCUGCUAAACUAACGGGAUGUGAUGGUUAUUGUCGUUUAGCAGGCCUCUCUUUUGAACUAGGCAGUGCCAGUUACAGAGCUUCAUGAUCCAGAUGUCCAUGCUGCUGAGAAUAAACAUACUAUUGAAUGCUGGAAAAGAAGGCCAGACAAAGAAACAGGCAAGAAGGAUAGAGAGAGAUCAGACCAAGAAAGUGUCAGCUUUGUUUUAUUCGUCACUACAAAAAAAUUUUAAAAUUCCCCAUUGUGGUCUCUCUGUGCCCUGUGGAUGCAAAACAAGUGGCCAAGGAGGAUGGGUUAGCCAAAUCUGAAAACAAUGCCAUUCUGUUUUGCAGAACCAAACAACUCUUUACUUGAAGUGAAUUUCAAAAGAAGACAUUCUUUUGCACUGAAGAAAAAAAAUAGUGUUGUGAAGUGUCACAACUGUUACUGUCACCCAAUAUGUUAGUGAAUAAGAAUUGUUCAUGAAUAUCAUCAUAUCAUUAUGCUUCAUUUUAAGUAACAUUUGCACACACACAAAUGAUAUUUUUGGCUAAAUGUUACAUUUUAUAUUUUAAAAAAGCAUAUGGGUAAAAAGAUGACACAUCAUUUCUGUCGAUAAUAGAGUCCCAUUACAUUCUAAGGAACAAUUAAUUACAUGCAAAAAUGUAUUGUAAUGUUUUUUUCUCCCUCUAGGGAAGAGCCAUGAAGCCAAUGUACUCCAAGAAGCUUUGCACAGAGAAUUGUCGACUCCUUUGUCCAAACUGAAUAAGAUAAAGGUGCUUUUAGCAAGUCCAGCGAUUCGGAUGAAAAUGUACAAGGAACUGCUUGGAAAAGGACUUGUCAGUGGCAGCACCUAGGAAAGUGUUUCUGAUCCUUGCAUUUCAAGUUUCUUAAUUAUCAUUGGGGUAUGAAUCCCAUCUUCAUCAUCUUUUUUUAAUGAACCAUAUUUGUUUGCCACAUUUAUAUUGUUGUUGUUGUUGUUUUGAGGAGGCAGGGGUUUGAUUUUAAUAUAUUUGAAAGUAACAGACAAAAUUUAUUAUACACUAUAUUUCCAAUCCCCACCCCCCAAUUGUUUGUUAAGGGCAAGGGAUAAUCCUAACUGACUACAUUGUUAAUAAUCCCAAGAGAGUUAAAUAUUGAAGCACUAUGUUCCUUCAGCAAAACUGCAUGUAACUGGCAUUUUAACAAUUUAUGCUGGAAUAUUUACUGUAGUCUAAAAAUCCAACAUAUGAAAAACAAUAGGGUACAACCUGUGUUCCCAUCCUUUGAAUUUAUUACUAACACAGGGACACAUCUCACUUGGAGCUUCCUGUAUUUACAGUACGGUGUUUUAUUGCAAACUAGGAAGUGAAGAACCAAUAUUGUAGAGGGGUGGGGAAAGAGGAUCCAUGUGGAGUGAAAGUAUAUAUACUCAUCCAUUCUAUAGAUUCUUCCACUUGCACUGGCUCUGCCUCAGCACCAGUUUGCCAUGCAAACUACUGAGAAGAUGUGUGCUGGUUUCGGAUAGCAUUUUGCAGAUAUCAGAUACCCAGAAACAGUAUGUUAUAUGUCUGAAAAAGAUCUGGGCAUAAUUCGGCCAAAUAUCAGCUUUAAAGUUUCACAGGUUCUUAACUUUUACUGAAAUCUGUAAGACUCAAAACAAUGCACAACACUGAUGAGAUUCAGAGCAUGGCCUUUUGUACUUACAUCUUUUGGCUCUGGCCCUUGAUUCAUAAUUCUAUAACCAUUUCUUUCAGUAGCUGUAAAAUAACAUUUUAAAGCAAACCAAAAGAUUCUUUAAAUGA